UGGAGACUUUUAUUCUAUGUCGUGUCCUAAGUCUCUCUGUUUCCGGUUGCGUUCAAGCGAUAGAAAAUGGCUCAAGGCAAACAGAAAUUUAAAGCGCAACGACCCGGAGGAGCUAAAAAGCAACAACAGAAGCCGAAAGGACCGAAGAAAGGAGGAAGGAUCAUCGCUCCCAAAAAAGCUCAGGUGGUCCAGCAGCAGAAGCUGAAGAAGGGUUUGGAGGUGGCCAUCAGGAACAGGAUUGAGCACGAAGUCACGCAGAAGGCCAGCACGUCCCUUCACAAGAAACUGAGCGUGCUGAAGACUCCCGCGGGGAAGAGCGGCGGCGCUGGACCUCCAAAACCCGGACCAUCCAAGUCCACCUGACACCAGAACACUGCGGGGCCAUGGACCGCCGCUAGAGGGCGCCACCGCGCUAUAAAUAUAAAUACGUUCACUACUUUCUGUGAUAGGUUUAUUUUUAGAAACAGCAAAAUAUGGUGUGGAAUAUGACGUAUGUGAUCUUUUAGACUGUGCUUAUAUUUAUGCAAUAAAACGAGAGAGCAUCGUUAGCUUUCA